AUGGCGUCAAAGAGCUGCGGCAUUAUCGCCUGCUGUUUGGGAGUAUGGGCGUGGUCCUCCUGCGGCCAGCUCUUCGCUGCUAGCGAUCUGAGCGGUGCAGCUUCCUCCUUCGAGACACAGGCUUCAAACACGCUUUCUGCUCUUCAGAAUGGCGUCGCAGGAGUUUUGCUUGUUACCUUCGGCAUCUUAAUCAGAGUUAUUCAUACCAUGAUUCCUGGAAUGGCCAUCGUCCUUGUUUGCUACACGAUCUACCGGCUCACCAAAGCGAAUGCAUGGAAUCGCCGCACGGCGUUACUGCUAACGCUGGCCUUGCUUCUGACCUAUGGCCUGAUCCGGAUAGGGAGCAAAAUGGGCCAGCUGCCA